ACACACACACGCUUCCAUGCAUGCACGCGGAUGAACACACACACUCGUGCAGAGAUGACAAACUCAAAUAAGGCUUUUACUUUAUUUUGUUUCUGCAAGCGUUAACACACUCCAUCAUCUAUCUCUCCUGGAGGACAGGCUCUCGCUCUCUCACACACACACACUGCAGGUGCAAAAACUUUUUUUUCUUUGAAAGUUUUUUGGGCUUUGCUACACUUAGACACACCAGUCUACACUAGGUGGGACUGACACCCAUUUUGGUUCUUUCCUGCCUUUUUUUUAAUUUCUAUUGAAAUUGAUUUUAUUUCUAUUAUUUCCAAAUAUUUUUUGGCUUUGGGAUCUGCCCGGUUAAAGCGUUGGAUCCGUCGGCGUACUGCGAUCCUCCUCCGGUGUUCGGCCCGGACCUCUGCCCCAACAUGAUCGCUGCUCAGGCGAAGCUGGUCUACCAGCUCAACAAAUACUACAACGAGCGGUGCCAGGCGCGCAAGGCGGCCAUCGCCAAGACCAUCCGCGAGGUGUGUAAGGUCGUCUCGGACGUCCUGAAGGAGGUGGAGGUACAGGAGCCGCGCUUCAUCAGCUCCCUGAGCGAGAUCGACGCGCGCUACGAGGGCCUUGAGGUAAUCUCGCCUCAUGAGUUCGAAGUCGUGCUCUACCUCAACCAGAUGGGCGUCUUUAAUUUUGUGGACGAUGGCUCGUUGCCAGGCUGCGCCGUCCUGAAGCUCAGCGACGGCCGCAAGCGCAGCAUGUCGCUCUGGGUCGAGUUCAUUACCGCCUCGGGGUAUCUGUCGGCACGGAAGAUCCGGUCGAGGUUCCAGACUCUGGUGGCGCAGGCGGUGGACAAGUGCAGCUACCGAGACUCGGUCAAGAUGGUGGCCGACACGAGCGAGGUGAAGUUGCGGAUCCGAGAGCGCUACGUAGUGCAAAUCACGCCGGCCUUCAAGUGCACCGGGAUCUGGCCACGCAGUGCGGCUCAGUGGCCUCCGCCACACAUCCCGUGGCCCGGACCGAACCGGGUCGCCGAGGUCAAAGCCGAAGGAUUUAAUCUGCUCUCGAAAGAGUGCUACACGUUAGCCGGAAAGCAAAGCUCGGCCGAGAGCGACGCCUGGGUCCUGCAGUUCGCCGAGGCGGAGAACCGUUUGCUGAUGUCCGGGUGCAGGAAGAAGUGCCUGUCGGUUUUGAAGACGCUCCGUGACAGACACUUGGAGCUGCCGGGUCAGCCGCUCAACGGCUACCACAUGAAGACGCUGCUGCUGUACGAGUGCGAGAAGCACCCACGCGAGAGCGACUGGGACGAGGCGAGCCUCGGCGAUCGCAUCAACGGCGUCCUGCUGCAGCUCGUCUCCUGUCUGCAGUGCCGUCGGUGUCCUCACUACUUUCUCCCCAACCUUGAUUUAUUUCAGGGCAAAGCGACGUCAGCCCUCGAGGCGGCCGCCAAGCAGACCUGGAGACUCGCGAGGGAGAUCCUGACCAACGCUAAGAGCCUGGACAAACUCUGAGCUCGAAAAAAUAAAUGAACUCAAUUAGCUCGAGACAAAAGACUUUGAGAACGGGCGAAAAAAAAAAAGACACAGAGAGAGAGAAAAAGAGAGCGAGAUCUGCGUCCACGCCUGGACAAACUCAACCAACAAACAAGACCGGGAGUCUCGCAAGAGAAAUUCUGAGCGGUGACAAAAACCAGGAACGACUCGAAUAAACAAAAAACAUGCAGAGUCACCAAACUCGAACAAUUUACAAAGACACAAAGAGGGGGAAAAAAACAACACAAGAGACUCGCGAGCAACUGUAAGAGCCUGAACAAACUUCGAGAGAAAAAGAAAAGAAAAAAACAAGGUCUGGAGAAACCUGGAAAAACUUUACAGCAGCGGGGAUGAGGAAGAACUAAACCCGAGGAGACUUUACUAAAGAAUUUCUGGACAUUAAAUAAAUAAAUAAAUAAACAGAGAAUAAAAUACUAAUUAAAUGUAUUAAAAAGAAAGGCAUGUUGAAGAUCACGUCGCUUCUGAAAGACUUUUAUCCCCCAUGAGGACAUUUUACAGCAGCGAGAGUAAAUAAUAAACAGACGUUUCAUCGCCAUGUCACACAUUUUCAUCGACGGCUCAGACAAAAAAAAAAGAAAAAAAAGUGUAAAGUAUUAUUAUUAACAAUAAUAACAACAAUAACAAAGAAGAUUUGUUGAGAGAAGAUCCCUGGACAAUGCGAACGCUCCUGACUUUUUAUUUUCACUGAAAGUGGACGUAUCUGAGUCGGACGGAGAGACAGAGAAAGAAAGCUUUUAGCCGAGACGCUGACGGGACAUUUUUGAAAGGAGAGAAAAAUUAAAUAAAUAAAAGGUGAAGGUACAUUUUAAUGUCAUAACGUCUGCAUAAAUCAUUUCUUCUUCUUUUCACAAAGUGAAAUUGUUUUUAUUUAAAUACCAUGCACAAUAUCUUUAAUUGCUUUAAUGUUUAUAAGGAAAAAAAAAAUGUAGCGUGCCAAGUUUUCCAUUUUAUGUGUCGAAAAGUUGAAAUGUUAAUAAAAACCAUAUUAAAACUUA